AUGACGACAAAUCCUAGGAGGGGUACCGAUCCCGUACCCAUGGAAGAGAGCGACCAGUUAACAAUACGACCUUUAGGUGCUGGCCAAGAAGUAGGAAGAUCAUGCAUUAUGUUAGAAUUCAAAGGCAAAAAGAUUAUGCUGGAUUGUGGUAUUCAUCCUGGCUUAUCAGGAAUGGAUGCACUGCCUUUUGUAGAUUUGAUAGAAGCAGAUGAAGUAGAUUUGCUUCUUAUAUCACAUUUCCAUUUGGACCACAGUGGCGCACUUCCUUGGUUUUUGACAAAGACUUCAUUCAAGGGCAGAGUAUUCAUGACACAUGCUACCAAAGCUAUUUACAGGUGGCUGGUCUCCGAUUAUAUUAAAGUCAGUAACAUAUCGACAGAGCAGAUGUUAUAUACAGAAUCAGAUUUAGAAGGUUCCAUGGAUCGAAUAGAGACAAUAAACUUUCAUGAGGAGAAAGAUGUGCGAGGUGUUCGCUUCUGGGCAUACAACGCUGGGCAUGUGCUUGGUGCUGCAAUGUUUAUGAUCGAGAUUGCUGGAGUUAAGGUGCUUUACACGGGUGAUUUCUCAAGACAAGAGGACAGGCAUUUGAUGGCAGCAGAGAUACCUACAGUCCAUCCAGACGUGCUCAUCACGGAAUCAACUUACGGCACCCACAUUCAUGAAAAGCGCGAGGAACGCGAGAGCCGUUUCACCGGACUCGUGAGUGACAUCGUAACGAGAGGGGGACGCUGUCUCAUCCCUGUUUUCGCUUUGGGCCGUGCUCAGGAACUGUUGCUGAUCCUUGAUGAGUACUGGUCUUUACACCCUGAGCUGCAAGACAUCCCGAUCUACUACGCGUCUUCUCUAGCGAAGAAGUGCAUGGCGGUGUACCAGACCUACGUGAACGCCAUGAACGACCGCAUUCGCCGCCAGAUAGCAGUCAACAAUCCGUUUGUCUUCCGUCACAUUUCCAAUUUGAAGGGCAUUGAUCACUUUGAAGACAUCGGUCCGUGCGUGAUCAUGGCUUCGCCGGGAAUGAUGCAGUCUGGGCUGUCGAGAGAAUUGUUUGAGUCCUGGUGCACAGAUCCGAAGAACGGGGUCAUCAUUGCAGGUUACUGCGUCGAAGGAACUCUGGCAAAAACAAUCUUGUCCGAACCAGAGGAGAUCACGACCAUGUCGGGGCAGAAGUUGCCUCUCAAGAUGUCCGUGGACUACAUUUCGUUUUCCGCGCACACCGACUACCAGCAGACCUCCGAGUUUAUCAAUAUACUCAAGCCACCACAUGUGGUGUUGGUGCACGGCGAGCAGAACGAAAUGUCGCGGCUGCGUGCGGCGCUGCAGCGCGAGCACCGCGGCCGCCUGCAGGUGCACACGCCGCGCAACACGCAGCAGCUCUCGCUCACCUUCCGCGGCGACAAGACCGCCAAGGUGAUGGGCUCACUGGCCAUGGAACCACCAGUACCUGGCAGGGUUGUGCAAGGAAUUUUAGUGAAGCGUAAUUUUAAUUAUCACAUCUUGGCACCAUCAGAUCUGAACAAGUACACGGAGCUGACGCAGUCAGAGGUGACGCAGCGGCAGGCGAUCCACUUCGCGGGCGCGCCGGCGCUGCUGCGCCAGGCCGUGCUGCAGCUGGCCGGCGCCGUGGAGUUCCUCAGCGACACGCGCUGGCGCCUCUACGGCUGCGUCGACAUGCUCGUCGAGCCGCCGCUCGUCACGCUAGAGUGGCAGGCGCAACCAGUGACAGACAUGUUCGCGGACGCGGUAGCGGCCAGCGUGCUGGCGGCCGCCGCGCUUCCCGCGCCCCGUGCGCCCCCGCUCGCGCCCAAGCUCGACCGCAUGCACUUCAAGGAGUGCGCGAUCGAGAUGCUACAGGAAAUGUUCGGUGAAGAUUCAGUACCAAAGAUGUUCAAAGGAGACAAAUUGUGCGUCACAGUGAAUGACAAAAAGGUUGAUAUCGACCUGCUUACGUUGGAGGCGGUGUGCAGCGCGGACGCGGCGCUGGAGCGGACGGCGGCCAGCGCGGUGGCGCGCCUGCACGCCGCGCUGGCGCCGCCCCGCGCGCCGCACCUCGCGCCCCCGCACCCGCCCGCCAGCACGCACACCUAG